UCCUGGUCGCCAGCCCCCCUGCCGUCAACGACGUCGCCUUGGAAUAUGAGCUACACGCCUCUUCUUCUGCCGCCUCCCCCCCUGCACGCCUUCUGACUUUACAAGUGUUUUGUUCUAUUUUAUGAGCUACUGACGCUGCGUGUGCCCCUCCCCCACACCCCGCGCUCCCCGUCGGGCACCGCUUGCCCGCGUCGUAAACCCUUCUACCACACGCCCAGCUCGUUGGCAUCUAAUGAAAUUAAAGGCGAAAUGUAAUACAGCUGGCAAAGUUUUCACAACGGUUAUUUCCAUGGCUGGCUGCUGCUCGGAGUGCCGCCCGCCCCGCUCCACCAACUUUACAUCUCCCUCCAUUUACAUCUUGGUAAUAUUGAAGAACACAAUGACUAAUCGAUUUGAAGGACUUCCACGAUGCUUUCCUUACCAGACAACGAAUAUUAGGAAAAAUAGUGACUCGGACAUGGCAUCCCUAGCUGCAAAUACCUGCAAACUGGAGGGCGUGGCAGCAGCAGCAGCAGAGUCGUCGGCAAAGGUCGCCCCAAGUAGUCCUCGGCCCGUGGCGUCAUCCACGCCGGACGCAGACCGCGGCAGGGGGCAGAGGAAAAGCAAACAGCCCUCUUCCGGCUGCACAAUGGAAUUGCGUUCACGCAAAUACACCGAGAUCCUUGGAAGACGUGGCAUACAUGCAUACAGAUCAGGCCAAAAGACACCGAAAUCUGUCCGAGCAACGCGACCUGCUAAAACUCCAAAGAUAUCCGGCACGCCCGGCACACCGAAGACGGCAAAGCGGUUGUCCAAAAGUCGCCUGAAAAUGUAA